AUGGCGAACCAUCAACCUUCGCCGACCGUGAUGCAAAUGCAGCACGGCGGUCCUCAGGCUCCUCCACCGCCACCUCCCCAGGGUCAGCCCCCGGUCUCUCAACCCGGUCGCUAUGCGGGUGCGCCCUCGCGACAGAUUCUAGCAAUGACGGAAGCCGUCUGGAUGCAGAUUGGUAGUCUUGCUGAAGUUCUUGAAAGUUCCGACGAGGCACUCCAAGCCUAUGAGUCUGCUCUUCGCGCAAACCCCACGUCCGUCCCCGCCAUGAGCGCCAUUGCGUUGAUUCUUCGAAACCGCGAAGAGUACCCGAAGGCGGUGGGCUAUUUGCAAGAUAUUCUUAAGCUCGAGCCGAACAAUGGAGAGACUUGGGGAAGCUUGGGCCACUGCUAUUUGAUGAUGGACGAGCUCCAGAUGGCGUAUUCUGCUUACCAGAACGCCAUCGCUCACCUUUCUAAUCCCAAGGAACCUAAGCUCUGGUACGGCAUUGGGAUUCUGUACGAUCGAUAUGGGUCACUGGAUCACGCCGAAGAGGCCUUCUCUCAGGUCAUGCAGAUGCAGCCCGACUUCGAAAAGGCCAAUGAGAUCUACUUCCGACUUGGCAUUAUUUACAAGCAGCAGCAAAAGUACAAUCAGAGUUUGGAGUGCUUCAAAUACAUCGUCACUUCCCCUCCUCAUCCCUUGACCGAGGAAGAUAUCUGGUUCCAGAUUGGCCAUGUCCACGAGCAACAGAAGGACGUCGACAACGCCAAGGCUGCCUAUCAGCGAGUUCUAGAUCGUGAUCCCAACCAUGCCAAGGUUCUUCAGCAGCUCGGCUGGCUCCAUCAUCAACAGAGCAACAGCUUCCAGAGCCAGGAGCGCGCAAUCGAGUACCUCGAGAAGUCUGUUGCGGCCGAUACCAAUGACGCGCAAAGCUGGUACCUUCUUGGACGCUGCUACAUGUCUCAGCAAAAAUACCCCAAGGCAUACGAAGCAUAUCAGCAGGCUGUCUACAGAGAUGGCCGAAAUCCUACUUUCUGGUGUUCGAUUGGUGUUCUUUAUUAUCAGAUCAAUCAGUACCGCGAUGCCCUGGACGCUUACUCGCGUGCUAUUCGUAUCAAUCCUUAUAUCAGCGAGGUCUGGUAUGAUCUUGGCACUCUGUAUGAAUCGUGUAACAACCAAAUCAACGAUGCCUUAGAUGCAUACCAGAGGGCGGCCGAGCUCGACCCGACCAACCCUCACAUUAAGGCCCGACUGCAUCUCCUACGUAAUGGUGGCUCUAACGCGGGUCCUCCGGCAAGCGCUCCUCAGCCCGCUGACGUACAUCCGUAUGCUCAUCAAGCUGUCGGCGCCCUCGGACCCCAGGCCCCUCAAUGGACCGGUGCUGGUCAGCAACCACCGCAGCAGCAGCCACCUCCUCCCCCUCCCGGCCCUCCGGUCGGGCCGCCUGCUAACGGUUGGGCUCGACAAGGGGAAGUCAACCCGGGUCCUCAGCCUCCUAACCCGUAUGAGCAGCAGCGUGAGCCCUACCGUGGACAGCCUCCACCCCCACCUCCUCCUUUGAGGCAACCUAGCCCUCGACAGGAACAACAGAUGCGGCAGCCGCCGCCGCAGUCUCAACAACCACCACCGCCACCCCCUCCACCCCAGCAGCCACAGCAACCACCGCCGCCUCCGCCUCCUCAGCAAGGUCAGCCCCAGUAUGGAGACAAUCGGGGCCCCAUUCGACGAGGCCCUUCGCCACGUCCGGGUCACUACGCCUCGCAGGGGCCUCCCCCGCCACCACCCCCUCCUCCUACUUCGCAGCCGAUGCAUAUGCCCGAGCGAGUGGCCAACCCUAACUAUAUUCCUCCUCAUGCUGGACCUUCGGGACCUUCCGGCGACGGUCCGAAGCCAUUGUCCCAGUAUGGGCCGAGGAACAGCCCUCGACCCGAGGUUCGUCCCAUCCAUGACAACCGAAUGCCUUCUCCCAAGUCAGCGUAUCCACAACACCAGCAGGCUCCUCCUCCACCUCCGCCUUACGGUCACCACCCCGAAGCGGGCCCUGCUCCUCCUGGUCCGAUGGACGCAUCCCCUUCCCAUCCCCCUCAACCACCAAUGCAGGUUGACGGACCGAUGCAGAGGGGCGACGACCGACCACCUUCUGUGGGUCCUAAGAGAAUGCGGGAUUGGGAAGAAGAGUCCUCGGCCUCCAAGAAGCAAGCCAACGAGGAGAAUCGUGCAAGGUUGGACGAUAUGCAUCACCGCCGGCCUUCCACUCCUCCCCGUGAGCCUUACCGACGCAACUCUUCCGAGGCUAGGAGGUUCGAUGAGAUGCGGCGGGCGGAAGAGCAACGCCGGGCUGACGAUAUGCGUCGUGCAGAGGAGCAACGGCAUGGCAACGAAGGCUACCACCCAUCGGAGGCGGCUCAUCACAGCCAAAACCAUCAGAUGCCCCCUACCCACCUCCCCCCAAUGCAGCAAGGUCCCAACCCCAUGCACCCCCCGAUGGGACACGAGGGACCGCAGGCUGCGGGCCCCGCUCCCCUCAAGGACUACCCCGCGGAGGAGAGACAAAAGAUGGAGGCGUCCAGGGCACAGCCACCACCUCCACCACCCCCGGCCGCUAACAAUGAGCCGGAGAGGGCAGCGCGGAAGGUUGACGUCAACGAGAACUACGAUGAUGACGACGAAGAAGAUAAGAAGGGAGGAAUUGUUGGUGCUAAUGGGUCGGGUCCGGCGGCUCCUCCAGGCGAUACCAAGACGGCUAAUUCUACUGGGGGGGCUAUCAAUGGCGUGACUGGUGCUGCAACCAAGGUUGAGGCUUCUUGA